AUGGCUGCUAAAUCCCAGCAGUCUGCUUCUGCUCCUCUUAUUCCUGCUACUGCUGCCAAUUCUGAUCUUCUUGAUGCCAAUAGCUCCUCCUCCUGCUCCAGCCUCAGUCCCAGUCCCAGACUGCUGGUAGCUGCCACUGUAUCUUUGGAACUCACAAACUUAGAGCCAAUAUCCAGGCAACUGCUGUUGAUCAGCUCCUGCCUGCCUACCGCCGCCAUCCGCUUUGGACAGCUGCUUCCCCCCGGCUGCCUGUUCCGCUCGGCCCUGCUUGUCUGCGCUCUGGCCCCGGCCCAGGGGACUUUCUCUCACUCACCUGGCCCACCUGAUUCAAAUAAGAUUUUGGUCAAACAGCCACAUUUGCUUGUGACCUAUAAUCAUGAAUUGGUAAAUGUUUCCUGUGACUACAUCUAUGAUAAAACUCCAACUGAAUUUCGAGCUUCACUCCAGAAGGGAAAAAAUGGUGCCCAUGAAGUCUGUUCUGUGUAUGUAAAUGGAACCCAUAAGCCCUUGAUUACCACAACUGAGGACUUCAGAUGCCAUGUGAAUUUUGAUAACAAAACGGUGAUGUUUUGUCUUUUGAAUAUGAGUAUCUUCCAAACAGAUAUUUACUUCUGUAAAAUUGAAUUCAUGUAUCCUCCUCCAUAUUUCUCCAGUGAAGUGAACAACGGAACCUUCAUCUAUGUGAAAGAAAAGGACGUCUGUACAACUCUGGGAUCUUCUGAGCCUCCCAAACCCUUCUGGCCAGUUGUGGCUGCUCUGUGUGUUUUUGCUUUCUAUAGCAUGCUAAUAACAGUGGCUUUUUGUAACUGCUGGUUGAAGAGCAAAAAGAAUAGAAUUCUCCAUAGUGACUACAUGAACAUGACUCCUCAGAGACCAGGACCAACUAAAAAACAUUAUCAGCCCUAUGCACCAAGCAGGGACUAUGCAGCCUAUAGAUCCUGACACAGACACCUAUCCAGAACUAAGCCGGCUAACAUCCCUGUAUCUCCUUAACCCUGUUUGUCUGGAUAGGAAAGUGACCGUCUCAUCUCUAGCCGGUUAUGUUUGGUCUUUGGCGGACCACCCACUCUUUCAUUAAGAGAACAACCCAAUUAUUUAAGAUUGUUUUAUAAUGCAAUGAAAAAGAGAUUUCUAAAACAUUUUUUUUUCAGGAAUAGGCAGGUUUGGUUUUGCAAGGCCACGACUCAUACUCUGCUUUGACCUGAACUAGCUGACCUGAAUGAAAAGUGUAGUGUUGGGGGAACUCAAACCAGUUGGAUUUUUAUGUGGAUUAUAUGGCUAACUCUCCAAUCUUGUCAAGAAGUGACUGUUCUAGCUCCAUUUUCCUAAGCUUUGCUCCAGCCUCAAUGAAAUGAGAUUUGCCUGAACCCAAUGAAGGUGGAGGUGCAAGAAAAGAAAGAUUGAAGAAAAGGUCUCUAUGAACAAAGGAUUUUGAUAGUUUGAAAAAGUUUUCAUUUUAAUUAUGCUCAGCCUACAAAAGAAUGAUAUAUUUUUUUUAUAUUUAAUAUUAUCCUUUUUAAUAUUUUAGGUUAGGCUUGGUGGAUUUUUCUUAAGGAAAUCUGGGCUAGUGUGGUUAUUCUUUCUUACUUUGACCAAAGUGAUAGUGGGGUAAGGUGAAAAGAACAAAGGUGCAGGAGUCAGAAGACCUUAAUUUAAAUCCCACCUCUUAUUAAUUUGUGUUAAUUUGACUAAGAUAUUUAACCUCUCAAGUCCUCAUCUGUAAAAUGAGGAUUUGGGGCUAAAUGACUUCUCAGGGCCUUUUCAGCUCUUAAAAUCUGUGCCUAUGACCAUGAUUUUUUUAAAAAAAUGACAUUAUUUUAGAAGACUAAUGUAAUCUUUCUACUCAGAGGAAAAAUAUGGCAUCAGAAAACAUGAUAUUCUGUGCCUCAGCUUCUUCCACUAUAAAAUAAAGGGGUGGGACCAAAGUUCCUUCUAGCUUGGUAUUAUCUAUGAAAUGAAACAUACUUAUGUUAAUGCAUCAUAACAAAAUCAAGAAAAUUUGUUCAGAAAUCCAUUCCUAAUCAAACUAUUCAAGGGCAGGAUUACAUGGAGGACUUUUGUAUGGUUGGAUUCCAGAAAUAGUUAUGGGAUAUAACUAAGAAAUGAAAAUAAUAGGACAGGAUUUGGGAAGAGAUCAGGCUUAGAGACAGGUGCUAGUUGUUCCAAAUAGGACAAGGUCACUAGAUUUACCUGUGAGUCAAGAAGGUCUGAACUCAGUAUGGAUUUCAAGUUUGGACAGUUGGUUUUGUGAUAUUUGCAUGGAAAUAUGAAGGAUGGAGCUUCAUGGAAAUGUAUAGAUAGGAGAAAUGAAUCUACUGUGAAAAAUGGUUAUUCCAUAAAGAUGACAAGAAUCUGUCUAAAUGCAUCUUCUGGAGAGGAGAGAGAACUUCUAAAGGAGAUAACAUGAAACCAAAGGCUUCAUUACUCAGCCCUGAGAACUCAGUCCUGGAGGGAACGCCUACUGCUUGGAUGAAAAGACUCCUCAGUGGAACACAACCUAUCUUAAUGACUUCAUCUCUGUGUGUGGUUUUCUCUCAGAGCUAGUGUACUGAACCAGCUCCCAUUAUCAGUUCCUGGAGGUCAGUGGAAACAGAAAAAAAGUGUUUUUCAGACAUUUAUCACCUCCAGUAAGAUUGGAUUAAGUACAUAAGAGAUGUUACAGAGACAAUUUUGGAAUGACAAUGGAUAUUUUUUUCUGCCUCCAGCUCUGCUGAACCUGUGAUGUGCUCUCUGAUUGCUAAUGGACAGACUUUGUCAUGGACUCCAUGACCUCAUCAGUGUUAAGAACUACUAAUGAGUAGGAUACAUUUUGCUAAAUUAUAGACUUCAUAAAACACAUGAACUGUGUUAGAUUUAAAUUAAUACUCCCAGGUUCUUAUUUUCCAUACAGUUUAUUAAUAAUCACUUGAAAUAAAGCAAGCAAAUAGAUAUAAGUUUAAAGCCUAUUUUCUAACCUAAAUCUGAUCACAUGUUCAUCCUCCCACAUGGUCCUUUGUCCACACUAUUGUGCCACAUUCUAGGAAGUAGAGAGAACUCCCAUAUCCUUUUAUUCACGUUAAUGGAUGUAGCACCAGCCCUCAAAAUGGGAUGAACAGGGGUAGCAAUCCAGGAGGGGGAGGGGAUGAAACUCUCUCUCAUAAUCCCCCCAUGAUACUAUUGGGAGAUGAGCAUGUUGAAAUCUCCCAGAUUUACAUGCCUAGUCUCCACAAUGAAUCAUUUUGCAUAACCAGCUUAUACCUCUAAAGAUUCUUCUGACUAGAAGUGCAUAGCAUAUUGCACUUUACAAAGGGGAAAUUACAACAAUAUGGGGAUAAAAGGGAAAGACAAGAAGAAAACAAAAAAUGAUUGAUAGAUACAUUGACAAAAUGCCAGUUGGGGGCAUUUCCCUUUGGCAUAAGAAUUUACAUUCAGAAUAAGUAUGUUCAACCCCCUUCAGUUCAUUUCAUUAUAUCCCAGUGUUCAUUCUGGAUCUUUUGAUGCAGCAUAUGAUUUCUGCGGGUUUCCUUAAGGCACCUUCUCCAAAAGAUCUGCUUCCUUGAUUUGGGGUGUUGAGUUUCUUUUCCUAAAAUUUCUCCAAAAUAUUUUAAACCUUGGAUUUUAGGAUAAUUACACAACCCCCCCCCCCCACCCGGAAGGUAUUGACCAACACCAGAAUCACCCUGGAAUAUAUGACUAAGUUAUGAGAUAUAUGAAUCAAUUGUCAAAGGAAAAUUGAUACCCCCCCAAAAAAUCCCAAAUAAAAGAGCAAAAUUUAAAUUCUGGAUAAAAUAAAGAAAAUAAAAAUCUUACAUGUAUAAAAUUCUGAAUAAAAAAUAAACUUGUACAUUUCAAGUGAUUAUUAAUAAACUUUAUGGAAAAUAAGAACUUGGAGUAUUAAUUUAAAUCUAACAACUGGAAGGCUUAUCUUAAUAUCCAGAAAUGAGGAAGAGAAUAAGAAUGAUACCCCAAUAGGAUGAUGUACUAAUAUAAGUUUAUUAGUGAGUAAUACACAUUAAAAUGUGAGAAAAAAUAAUGUGAAGAGCUCCCACCACAUCCUCAUUUCUUAGAGUCCCUUGGGCAUUCAUAAAAAAACAGGGAUUUUUUGCUUCUUAAUACAUGGAGAAUAUGCCUUUUAAACUUGCUAUGAGGGGAGGGAAAUUUAGGUCCAAAUAAAAAAAAAUUAGUGGAAUUUGGAAUGUUUCCAUCCACUAAUUUAAUUAAUCUAAAGUAGAUCAAAACCCAUUAGCCUUGUACUGCAAAGGUUAGUUGAAUUUAUGUUGGCAAGUAGGACCCAUUACCAGCAGCUUGGCAUACUGAGCUCUUUCGGCCCAAACUACCAGACUUCAUUUAUAAGCCACACAGCUGGAGAUAUUUUCAAAAGGGCAAGGGUAGAAAAAUAAGGCUGUUUAUGACCAAAGAUCAAUUCUUUCCACUUUUUAUGACUGGAAAAGGUUUACUAAAGAUGACUCACACUUGAGAUUUUCUUACUUACCAUAAACAGGACCAAAGCAGGCAUAUUACAUGAGGAGGUCCAUUUUCACUAUGAGUUUUCACAAAGAAAAAAAAUUAAACAACAGUUGUCUAAAUCUUGCAUUAAGUCCUUAGAUAUCAUGAAGGCAAAAAGAAAAUUUCCAACAGGUAUUAACUUUUAUCAUAUGUAGAUUAUAAUUUAUUUUUUUCUGAUCAUUUGGGGCUAUAAGGUCUCAUAUCUAAUGAGAUGAAAUUUACUAAGGAUAAAUGCCUGAGGCAAACACAGAAAAUGUAUAAUAUACAUUUAUGACAUCAGCAAAAUUAACAUUUUUCUCCAUUAUUUUCUAAAAUUUAUACAUUCAACAGAAUGAUAAUGUAAAAUUUUUUACCUUGGUUCAAAAAAUCAACGUCUUAACUAUAAAAUGAAAGGGAAGCAGUAUAACUGGACUAAAAAAAAAAUUGAGAAUGUGUGAUACAUCAACCUAGAAAGUUAACGUAACAUUAGACUGCAUUUAAAAUGUUCAGACCUGGCAAAGAUGUGAUAGCCUCACAAUAUUCUGCCCUGCUCAUCAAGAACAUUGUGUCAGUUCUGAGAGUCACAUUUUAGGAGGGAAUUGAUACCCCUGGAGAGUGUUAGAGAACCAGGAUUAAUCAAUUACUUAGCAUUUAAGUUUUUGUUUUGUGCUAGACCCUGUGCUACAUGCUUUGGAUAGAAAUAUGAAGAUAGAAACAAUCUCUAUUCUCAACAGGGUGAAGGAUCUUGAGUUAAUGCAUAUAAGAAUUGGUUCUGGGGAUGUUUAUCCUGAAAAAAAGAAGACAAUACUAAAGUGCCUUUGUUUAGACAAAUAACUGGAUUUGUCCUAAUGCAGUCAUAUAAUCUCAAAUUUUUUUAGGGAUAUCAUUAAGGAUGUGCUUGGUAAAUGUUUAAUCAUCAGAAUCUCGGAAAAUGAAUUUUUGUUUUGUUCAGUUGUUUUAAUUAAAGAUACUGGAGUUAUUUUGUCAUUUCCUUCUCCAGCUCAUUAUACGGAUGAAGAAACUGAGGAAAACAGAAAAUGUAUAAAUUUCUUUUAUGACAUCUGCAUUAUUAACAUUUUCCCCAUUAUUUUCUAAAAUUUAGACAUUCAACAGAACAAUAAAUUAAGCCCUGAUUUUUGUAGCAUUUGCUAAUUUUCAUAGUGUAAAGACUCACACUGAAUUUUUAACAAUUGGCUCUAAGAAACUGGCAGGAACUGGCUCUAGCACACCCUUGCUCUGAGGUCCCUUCUUCACUGACAUUCUGUGAUCCUUUGUAUGUAAAGAUGAAGCCACUAACAGAUGGUGAGUGGAGCAGUGGCUGAGCUAUUUCUCAAGAGGAGUAUUGCUAUUGUGAAACAGACAAUUCCUUUAUAAAAAUGAACCAUCCUUUUGAAAAGGAAAUUAUUCCUCAAUUUAUUGUGUGUGUUUGCAUGUGUGUGUUCAUUUUAAAACUAGAUUUUCAUGUGUCAAUUAUGUUUAUAGUGAGUUUCACCAUGUGUGGCCAGCAAUUUGCUCUGCUCCAUCCAUAAUCUCUGAUACAGCCUUCCUCUGCUCUAUUUCCCCAAAAUGGCCAAUGGAUUCCAUUUUUGUAAUAACUGGUUGCAAGUGGGUAUAGUCUGUAAGUCAAUACUAGCUAAACUAAUGGGAUUCAGUGGCUUUAUCUUUGAGUAGCACCUACACCUGAUGACUUUAACCUGACAUAUCUAGUGUAGGGGAUAGAGCUUAUGGUUGUAAGUUCAUUGGUGCCCACAAUCUAACUGACUACCAGCUAAUUACAUAUUUUCAUGCAUUUUUAUGACAAUUUUGGUGGAUUGUUAGAAGGUGGUCACUGAUGUCAGCUUUUAUGAUUGCCGAAGAGAACUUAGAGUAGAGUUCACGAUUCACUGAUUGAUUGGAUGAGACAUUUUAAUAGAAACUGGGGAUGGUACCAUGUUGUGAACACAGAAUUUGGUUACCACCCUCAUAAAUAUAGCAUCAGCACAGAUAAGAAUUAGAGAUAAAGGGAGAACCUCUGAAGAACAGGGGUGGGGAGGAUGGGACCUUAGGUUGAUGCCUGAUGCUACUUGUGAAUAAUAACUUUAUAAUAAACAUUAGCUUCAACUGGUGAGAUAAAGAAAUCUGGCUUAUUUGGCUGGUUUCUAAGUUCAUUUGUUUAUUUUCACUGCCAAAUCAGAAGAAGGAACAGGAUUUGGAUGACCUUGGUUCAAAUCCUGUCUCUGCUACUUGCUUCAUGUGUUCUUGGGUAAGUCCCUUUACCUUUCUGGACCUCAGUUUCCUCAUCUAACUAAAUGAUCUCUAGAGUAUUUUAUAGCUCAAAAUCCAUGAUCCUAUUGCUUUAUUUCUAAAAUUAGUACCUACUCUAUAUAGUUCACUGACACUCACUGUACAGGCUUGCAUUUAAACUUAUGGAUUCUUUGAGGGAUGUGCUAGUGCUGUUCAGUCAUUUUCAGUUGUGUCUGAUUUUUCUUGACACCAUCUGGCAUUUUUUUUUUGGCAAAAAUACUGGAGUGGCUCACCAUUUCCUUCGCCAAUUGAGACAAACAAGACUAAAUGACUUGCCCAAGGCCACACAGCUAGUAAAUGUCUAAGGCCAGAUUUGAACUCAGAAAAUGAGUCUUCUGACUUCAGGCUCAACAUUCUAUUUAUUGCUUACUAACUUCACUUUACAGAUAAGGAGACUGAGAUACAUAGAGGUAAAGUUCCAGUCACCCAAAAUUAGAACUCAAAUCUUGUCCAACUCCAUGUUUAUAGUACUUUUGUCACUAUACCAAGAAGACAAGAAACUAUUUCUUUCAACUUCAUUAUAACUUACUCUGUAUAUCUCCCAGAAUCUAGUAUCAUGUUCAACCACUCAUUAUGUGCUUAAUAAUGAGAGAAUGACAGAGAGAGGAAAGUGAGAGUGAAUGAGAGGGGGAGA